AUGAAUAAUGAAAAUAUAAAAAAAUUAAAACCAUUUGAAUUAAUACUUCAAAAAGAAUUAUUGGAUUUAGAUGAAAUAGAAGGUGUAGAGCUUUUUUUGAUUGAAGAAAAUAAUCUAAAAGAAAUUGGAAUUUCAAUUACACCUAAGGAAGGCUAUUUUAGAAAUAAAAAAUUUAAAUUUAUUAUAAAAUUUAAAGAUAGUUAUCCUAUUAAUCCACCAAAAAUCAUAUGUCUAAAUAAAAUAUUUCAUCCAAAUAUUGAUGAAAAAGGAAAUGUCUGUUUGAAUGUUUUAAAACUUGAAUGGAACCCUAUUAUUAAUUUACAAAUGCUAAUAUUAGGCUUACUACUUUUAUUAAAUGAACCUUCAACAGAUGAUCCAUUUAAUCAAUUAGCAGCUGAUGUAUUCAAGAAAGAUAAAAUAAAAUUUCAAGAAAUAAAUGACUCUAUUUACCAAAAAAAUUAA